AUGGAUAUUGUUUUGAAUAUUUAUGAUCAUUGGCUUUUAACACCGUAUGUAUAUCCUAAAAAUGGUUGGCCUGAAAAUGAUCCUAUUCGACAAUUAAUUUCUUUAACUGUAUUAGUUAAUAUUCAUGGAAAUCAAAUUCAAAAAGAAAUUAAAGUUACACUUCAAAAUAUUCCAUUUAUGAGCCUACCAACAAUUAUUAUAUUUAUGUUUGAAAUUCGUGGUUAUUCCAAAUUAUACGACAGUACACAGCGUUCUUAUAAUCUAAUUCAAUUUUUAAAAGAAUUUAUAACUUUUCUUUUUUUUACCGAUAUGUUAAUUUAUUUUAUACAUCGUGCUUUACAUCAUCGGUUUUUAUAUAAACAUUUCCAUAAAUUACAUCAUCGAUGGAUUAUACCAACACCAUUUGCAAGUCAUGCAUUUCAAUGGUUGGAUGGCUUUCUUCAAAGUUUACCAUAUCAUUUAUAUGUUUUUUUAUUUCCAUUACAUAAUAUUCAUGAUGGAAAUUAUUCAGUACCAAAAUAUCUUCAAUCGAUUAUAAAUGGUGCUGCACAUCAUAAUGAUCAUCAUCAAUAUUAUGAUUGUAAUUAUGGACAAUUUAUUACUUUAUGGGAUCGUUUAAUGAAUACGUUUCAUUCACCAAGUGUUUAUUCUGAAAGAAAAAAAAGAAAAAUAUUGACUGACUAA